AUGUGUAUACAAUUCGCCUCGCUCGGAGCUGCGAUUUUUGUCGCGGCUUUCGCUGCACACGCGAUGCUCAGCAUUUCUUCGAAGCGGCAAGUUCGUCGGAUACGUCUGAAAUUCUUCAAGGCUGUGCUGAGACAAGAUAUACCGUGGUUUGACAAAAGAUCUGCUGGAGAGCUCAUCAGUCAACUAUCCGAUUCCAUUGACACAAUUGAACAGGGAAUCGGCACAAAAAUAGGGGAAUUUGUUCAAAAUAUCUGUGGCUUCAUUGCGGGUAUAAUAAUUGCGUAUGUGGUUGGCUGGAAGCUGUCACUUGUGGCUUCUUGCAUGCUUCCCGUUAUUGCUGCAGUCUUUACUGUUUUUGCCUUCGUGAUGAAGCGUUUCACAAUCAAAGAGUUACAAGCGUAUGCAAAAGCAAGUGCCAUUUCAGGUGAAGUUUUGACUGCUAUUCGCACCAUUGUGGCGUUUGGUGGAGAACAUAAGGAGAUGGAGCGAUAUUCCAAAGAACUGCACAAUGCUGAAAAAGUUGGAGUGCGCAAGGCUAUGGCUAUUGGUGGAGUGUCGGGAUGCAUUGGUCUUUCAAUCUUUUGUGCUGCCGCAUUGAUCUUUUGGUAUGGUUUUAAGUUGAUGGACGAGGCAAACUACGAUGCAGGGUCUGUGGUUUUGAUAUUUUAA